AUGGCUGAAGGUGUUUUCCAAGGUGCUAUCGGUAUCGAUUUGGGUACUACUUACUCCUGUGUUGCUACAUAUGAGAAUUCUGUUGAAAUUAUUGCCAACGAGCAAGGUAACAGAGUCACUCCUUCUUUCGUUGCUUUCACUCCAGAAGAAAGAUUGAUUGGUGAUGCUGCUAAGAACCAAGCUGCUUUGAACCCAGAAAACACUGUCUUCGAUGCAAAGCGUUUGAUCGGUAGAAGAUUCGAUGACGAAGCUGUUCAAAGUGACAUGAAGAACUGGCCAUUCAAGGUUAUCGAUGUUGCUGAUUCUCCAGUUAUCGAAGUUCAAUACUUGGGUGAAACCAAGACUUUCUCUCCACAAGAAAUUUCUGCUAUGGUCUUGACCAAGAUGAGAGAAAUUGCUGAAGCUAAGAUCGCUCAGAAGGUUGAGAAAGCUGUUAUCACUGUUCCAGCUUACUUCAACGAUGCUCAAAGACAAGCUACCAAGGAUGCUGGUUCUAUCGCUGGUUUGAACGUUUUACGUAUCAUCAACGAACCAACAGCUGCUGCUAUUGCUUACGGUUUGGGUGCCGGUAAAUCUGACAAAGAAAGACACGUCUUAAUCUUUGAUUUGGGUGGUGGUACUUUCGAUGUCUCUCUAUUACACAUUGCUGGUGGUGUUUACACUGUUAAAUCCACUUCCGGUAACACACAUUUGGGUGGUCAAGAUUUCGACACCAACUUAUUGGAACAUUUCAAGAAUGAAUUCAAGAAGAAGACUGGUAGCGAUAUUUCCAAAGAUGCCAGAGCUUUGAGAAGAUUAAGAACUGCUGCUGAAAGAGCUAAGAGAACCUUGUCUUCUGUCACUCAAACCACCGUUGAAGUUGACUCUUUAUUUGACGGUGAAGACUUCGAGACUUCAAUCACCAGAGCUAGAUUUGAAGACAUCAACUCUGCUUUAUUCAAAUCCACUUUGGAACCAGUCGAGCAAGUUUUGAAGGAUGCUAAAAUUUCCAAGUCUCAAAUUGACGAAGUUGUCUUAGUAGGUGGUUCUACCAGAAUUCCAAAGGUUCAAAAAUUGUUAUCCGAUUUCUUUGACGGUAAACAAUUGGAAAAGUCCAUCAACCCAGAUGAAGCUGUUGCUUAUGGUGCUGCUGUUCAAGGUGCUAUCUUGACUGGUCAAUCUACCUCUGAUGAAACCAAAGAUCUAUUAUUAUUAGAUGUUGCCCCAUUAUCGUUAGGUGUCGGUAUGCAAGGUGAUAUUUUCGGUAUCGUUGUUCCAAGAAACACCACAGUUCCAACUAUCAAGAGAAGAACAUUCACUACCGUUGCAGACCAUCAAACCACUGUUCAAUUCCCAGUCUACCAAGGUGAACGUGUUAACUGUAAAGAAAACACUUUGUUGGGUGAAUUUGACUUGAAGAACAUUCCCCCAAUGUCAGCUGGUGAACCAGUCUUGGAAGCUAUCUUCGAAGUUGAUGCCAACGGUAUCUUAAAGGUCACUGCCGUUGAAAAAUCCACUGGUAAGUCCGCUAACAUUACUAUCUCUAACGCUGUUGGUAGAUUAUCUUCUGAUGACAUCGAAAAGAUGGUCAACCAAGCCGAAGAAUUCAAGGCUGCCGAUGAAGCUUUCGCCAAGAGACAUGAAGCUAGACAAAGACUGGAAUCUUACGUUGCUUCUGUUGAACAAAAUGUGACUGACCCAGUCUUGUCUUCUAAAUUGAAGAGAGGUGCUAAGUCAAAGAUUGAAGGUGCUUUGUCUGACGCCCUUGCUGCUUUGGAAAUUGAAGAUGCCUCUACUGACGACUUGAGGAAGGCUGAAGUUGGUCUAAAGAGAGUUGUUACCAAGGCUAUGUCAUCCCGCUAA